AUGUCAAAACGAAAUAAAGCUAAAAAUUUUGCAAGUCCAAAAAUAAAAUACUCACCAUCAAUCCACCCUCUGCCUGCUGAUUUUGCUAACCAAGUUUUGGAUUUAGAAAUUCAGGUUGAAACUCAAGAAUCAAUUGAGGCUUUUAAAUCUCUUAUUGAGCUAUAUUCGGUAUUCUUUAUUUAGCAAGCAAUUGAGUAUUAUGAGUCUAUUGGGGAUGCCAAGUAUAAGUAUUAUCAAGAACGAAUGAUCCGAUUUAUUCAAAAAGAAGACAACGUUCUUGUCGCUAAUACUGAAAAUUCGUUUACUUCACCAGAAAAGCCUACUGAAAGACACACUAUUAGCAUUACUAGUAGACAACUAUUUAAUACUCCCCCAGAAAAUCCUUUUGAGCUUGCUCCUGAAACCAGGAAAACUGAAAAUUUAACCCAAAAAAGGGUUGCUGAAAGAGUAAUAAAGCAGCAUGACCUCGACACAAGUGCAACCUCUAAAGAAAUCCAGCUGAAUUUAGACAGUCAAGAUAUAGCUUUAGAGCAUAGAAUUAGCAGCAGGAAAAAGAAUCGAAAUCGAAGCUCAUCUCCUCGAUCGCCAAAUAAAUUUGGGAGUUUUAACUACUUAGAUAUGUCUAAUAUAUCCUCUAAUGACGAACCUCCUAAAAGGAGAUCGACAGAAGGAGAAAGCGAUAAAUCUGGAGGUGUUCCAAAGCCUUUAAAAUAUGAAAUUUUUGAAAAAGAGUUAGAAAAUAUUAUGGAAAAAUAUGUUUUAUUAAAAAUUAAAUCAACACACCAAAUUCGGAAGAAAUAUAAAGAGCAAAUUCAGGAUGUCAAAGGAAUGGGAAAUAAUGAAAUUAUCAAGCAGCUUGUUGGGGAAAUGGAAAAAAGCAGGCAGCAAGAGCUUGAUGAACUGGAAAGAAAUAUUGAUGAACAAAGAAAGGAGGAAAUUAGAAAAAUAAAAGAAGAGGUUCACAAAACUAAAGAAGAAAAAUAG